UCCUAUACACUCGCUAUACAGUGCCGAGUGAGGCGAGGCACGAACACGAACGCGUUUGUUGUGCUUUUUGCAAGAAUAUUCCUGUCGAGGCUUGUUUUCCUUCUCAACCUAUAAAUUGACGUUGCCCAACAAUUUCACGCAUUUCGCUAGUUAGGUUAGUUAAAUGAAGUGAAAACAUAUAAAUAAAAAUAAAGUAAAAUGAGUGGAAGAAAAGAGGACCCAAUAUGGCAGUUCUAUAUUAAGACAACAAAUCCAAAUAAAUUGGGGUGUAGCGCUAUUUGUAGAAAGUGCAGGAAAGAUAUUCAAGGGUUAGUCCAAAGACUUAAAGCACACCACGAUGUUUGUAAUUAUCAAGAGAGGAAUACAGAGAGUCGAAUGUCGCUUGACAGUUUUGCUAGCACAUCAUCUGCCUCAAGUUGUAGUUCACUCGUGACGGAUAGUUCAUAUGUUAGAAAAACUCCACCGAAAGUACCAAUAAGUCCAACAACUUUUGAGCCAGUCCAAAAAAAGAAAGCAAUCGAAACUCAGCCUACCAUGAGUAGUUUUGUAAUGCGGACUUCAACUGCCGAAAAACAUAAAAUUGACAAACAAAUAGCAAAGGCUAUUUUUGCUACUAAUUCGAGCUUCAGAUGUAUUGAGAAUUUAGAGGUGAAAAAAGCCAUUCAGUUAUUAAGGCCUGGUUAUACACCGCCCUCGAGAAAAACGGUAGCAACAAGUCUUUUGGACGAAAUCUAUGAAGAGGAAAAAGAAAAAUGUUUCUCCUCCCUGUCAGGACAGUCCGUAAAUAUGUCAAUUGAUGGGUGGUCAAACGUGCACAACGAACCAGUGAUAUGUGCAACAAUAACCACUGAAGAUGAACAAGCCCUCCUAUACGAAACUUUAGACACAUCAGGAAAUCCACAUACUUCAGAAUAUUUAACUCAAAUAGUUUGUGACUUGAUUUCUUCAUGUGAAUUAAAAUACAAGUGUACCGUAAAAUCUUUUGUGACAGACAAUGCCGCAAAUAUGACACUUAUGAGAAAAACAUUAGAAGAAAAAAACGAACGCAAAAGUUAUAACUUAUGGCUGCUCUGCACAUUUUUUUAAUUUACUGUGCAAGGACUUUCAAGUUAAAGACGUUAAAGAACAUGUGGUCCAAAUUGUUAAGUAUUUUCGAAAUAACCAUUUGGCUAGAGCUAAAUUCAGUCAAGCAGGAGGCAGCGCUUUAGUCCUUCCAAGCGAUGUGCGAUGGAAUAGCCUUGGCGACUGCUUAGAGAUGUAUGUCACUCAGUGGGACAUCAUAUUAAAAAUCUGCGAAGAAAAUAAAAAGGAGAUUGAUUCCACUAUUUCCCGAAAAGUUUCAAAUAUUGCGAUUAAACAUGCAGCGCAAGAUUAUUUAAACAUUUUAAAACCUAUAUCAGUUGCUCUUGAUACUGUGCAGAGGAAAAAUGCUACUAUCGCAGAUGCUGUAGAGCAGUAGAAACAUGUACAAUCUGUAUCUUUGAUGAAUUAGGAAUAGGAAUUUCCUAACAUGUAUCUUUGAUGAAUUUGUGGAAUUACCAUUACAAAAAACACAACAAUUUAAUAAUCGAUAUAAGCAAGCACUAACGCCAUAUCAUUUUAUAGCGUAUAUGUUGAAUCCACAAAAAACAAAAUACCAGUUAACACCAGAAGAAAAGAAUAUAGCUUUAGAAACAAUUAACGAGUUAUAUGAAAACACUGGACUGUUACCUUUAGUAAUAAAGUUAAAUGCCCGCAGUGCUCCAUUUAAGCAAGUUAUGUUUUCGGACGAAGUAAUAAAAAAUGUAAACGGACUACAAUGGUGGUUAUCACAAAAAGAUGAGCCGGAAAUCUUGAAACAGUUGCCAAUAAUAAAACAGUUCCUGUGUGCAACUGCUUCUUCAGCUUCAGUAGAACGCGUAUUUAGCUCUUUUGGUCUUGUACACUCGGAUAUUAGAAACAGAUUAGGCAUAGAAAAAGGAGGAAAACUCGUGUUUUUGUUUAAAUUGUAUAACGAAAAUGAAUAGACUGAAAAUAUACAGUAAUAAAAUUUAGGUGUUACGUUUAGUUUAAGAAUUUGGAAUUAUGUACUUCUUUUUUGUUGUUUUUGCUAAAAGCAGAUACUUCUUUUGAUCUUUGAGAAAACUUUUAUAUUAUGUUGUUAUCUGGUUCUGAAUAAAAAAGAAAAAAAAUUAUUUAAAUCAUGAUUUUAAUUUUAAAAAUCAAGCGAUUUAAAUCAUGAUUUUAAUCGUGAUUUUAAUCACUUGAUUUUAAUCAGCCCAACCCUGAAUAGUACAAAAGGAAAAGAUAAAAAAGAAUACCAAAAACACAAAAACAUAGUGAAAGAACUUGUAAUUUCUUGUGUGUUUUAUUUAUAUUUUAUGCCGAGAGAGAAACGUGAAAGUGUGACUUUUCUUAUUAAUUUAUUUGACAACUUCUAAAAACAAUAUACUAAUCGUAAAACUAAACUAGAUAUAUGGUUACCCACAACAACGGAUUAUAUGUAGUGUAUAUACUAGAUUCUAGUGUCCCAACAUUCUCCGGACCCAGUAAUCAGGUGGCAGUGAAUCUAUGUGGAGUCUUCAAUGUUCUUCCAUACCUUGACUUUUUAACCUUUUCUGACUUAUCUUGUUCUGUUGAUUCUUCUUUGUCUUCUCUUAAAUUUUCUUGAAUAUCAUUGAUAGGUAGUUUAACUCUAUAUAGUCGUAGACAUGGACGAACCAAUACACCAUUUUUUGUCUUUACUUUUGCGACCCUUUGGAUGCCAUCUUGCCCAGAAUAUAAUUCAAUGAUUUUGCCCAUUGGCCAGUUUAUUCUUUUGGCGUUGUCGGAACCAACCAUUACUACAUCACCAACCUUCACAAAAUCUUCUCUUCUUUGACCAUAAUUUACUAGUUCCGCAAGGUAUUCUUUCCUAACGCCCGGUUCCACCAACAUGAUCUAAGUAAAAUCUUACGUAAGUUUUGCUUAGUCAAAAAAUUUUCUUAGUUGCAAUUUGCGUUCCACCAUACAAGUUUUUACUUAACUUAGCCAAGAAAAAACUUAAAUAUUAUCAGAGAUACCAACUUUGCAAAAUUGUCGAAAAUUCUUAACCUUUUGACUUGUUUUUAAUGAAAAAACACCAAAAAAGAAGAACAUUAAUGUCAUUAGACAUUAGAAAAUGUCAUUUCAAUAUUUAUUGUAAUUUGUUAUUAUAUGGUUCUUGUCAUGUUCUUGUGUAUUUUGCGAAAUUAUUUGCUCAUUUAUAAUGAAUCUAGUUUAGAAUUAUUAAUUAGUUUAGCAUUAAUUUAGGUGCUAGUUUAAAAAUUGAGAGAGAGUUUUAAAAAUUACGGUAUGUAAUAGUUUUGAUUUGUCAGAGUAUGGAAAUAGUUUAUAAGAAUAUGGAAAAAUUAAAAAAAUAGUAACUUUUCUCAUCAAGAAAACGAGGAAUUGAUUUCCUUGGUGUCCACAUUCAAGGACAUCAUUGAAAAUAAAAAACCAAUGGUGUGUAUAUCAAAGACAAAGAGACUACACUACAAUAUACUAUAUGGGCCAUUCCACGAACAUACGCCUGUUUUGGAUUACUUCGACAACGAAUAUUUUACUGUGCAACAUAAGAAGUACGAAAGUAAAUGGCACUAAUAAUUAUUCCAAUAAACAACAAUGUAAUUUGCAAUUUACUUUCGUUCUUCUUAUUUUGAACAGUAAAAUAUUCGUUGUCGAAGUAAUCCAAAAGAGGCGUAUGUUCGUGGAAUAGGGUUUAUACUAGAAACUAUUACUUGUAUCAAAAUGCGAGUUAUCCUAACGUAAUAUCAACAAAAAAAAUUUAACCUCACUUAUUUGUCAAUACAUAUAUGACAGAUGAUGAAUUUCAAUGCAUGCUUAAGUUAAAAUUUUUACUUAAGUCGUCAUAAUAGGUGACUUAAGCUUAAGCAAAAAUAUUUGUUCUUAAGUAAAUAUUUUUCGUUGGUGGAACGAGACUCAACGGGUCUUAAGUAAAAAUUAUUUCUUAAGAUCAAAUUUUCACUUAAGUCACGUUGGUGGAACUGGGCGUUAAUCUGUCGCGUAACAUUUGCCUUAAAUUUUGAAUAUGACGAAACCUACCUUUAAAAAAUUCUGAAUCCACGAUGUCUAAAUCAACAACCUCAUCGGAAUUACCCUGUAAUGGCUUUAAAAAACUUGAUGGGGUUAAAACGUCAAACUCAUCGACUUCAGAAACAUAGGAACAACCACCGGAUAUUUAAAAGGUAUAAAAAGAAGAAACUGCUGGAAUUUCAAAACAAAUGUGUUUGACUAGUAAAGAUUUGGAUAAAUAACAGGAGUUACUUUGGGCUAUAGCUAAGUGCAGAUUUAUUUCCUUGUGGCUUCCUAUGUUAAUUCUUAUUAAUUAUACACUUAAAUAUGUUUUUAGUCUCAGGAAGAUUUUAUAUUUGAUUAUUUUUGAAUAAACAUUAUUAUUAUUAUUACCUUAAUUUCCAUUAAAUAAAUUAACUGUAAUCAAUAAAGUAAUCGUUUAAUUGUUAAUAAAUUAUCAAGUAUGA